AUGUCGUUGGUCACAAAUGCUAUGCGAAUCGUGUCGAAAACACGGCCGACAGUUCUCGCUUCUCAAGCAAAUUACCACGAAAAGGUAAUUGAUCACUAUGAAAACCCUCGCAAUGUUGGAUCUCUCGAUAAAAACGAUCCAUCUGUUGGCACCGGCAUCGUCGGUGCACCUGCAUGCGGUGAUGUCAUGAAAUUGCAGAUAAAGGUUGAUGAAAAUGGGAAAAUAAUUGACGCAAAAUUUAAAACAUUUGGCUGUGGGUCUGCUAUUGCAUCAAGCAGCUUGGCCACGGAAUGGAUAAACGGAAAGACUGUAGACUAUGCUGAGAAAAUCAAAAACGACCAAAUUGCCAAGGAACUAUGUCUUCCUCCUGUGAAACUGCAUUGUUCAAGUGAGUCCAUGUAUUGA